AUGAAUCUCUCUCUCUCUCUCUCUCUCUCUCUUACUCUAUCUAUCUAUCUAUCUAUCUAUCUAUCUAUCUAUAUCUAUCUAUCUAUCUCUUUCAGGAUAUUAUCAUUAAAAAUCCAUCAUUGGAUGCACGUCAUGUGCAACACCAUAUUAAAUAUCUUCUUCUUAGUAACAUCUAUCUACCUAUGUAUCGCGAUGCUUUUAUUACAACUAUCUAUUUAUCUGUCUGUCUAUCUAUCUAUCUGUCUAUCGCGAUUAUACUCACUAUUUAUCUAUAUACCCUACUUUGCAUCGUCUAUCUCACUAUCUCUCUCUCUCUCUCUCUCUCUCUCUAUCUCUCUCUAUCUAUCUAUCUAUCUCACUGUUACCAUUAUCUAUCUAUUUAUCCAUCUGUCUCAGUCAUUUCAUAUCUAUCUAUCUAUCUAUCUAUCUGUCUGUCUAUCUAUCACAGUCAGUUCAUAUCUUUCUACCUAUAUAUCUGAAUCUGUUCAUAUCUAUCUAUCUAUCUAUCUAUCUCAAUUUGUUCAUAUCUAUCUAUCUCAAUUUGUUCAUAUCUAUCUAUCUAUCUAUCACAGUCAGUUCAUAUAUUUUUACCUAUAUAUCUGGAUCUGUUCAUAUCUAUCUAUCUAUCUAUCUAUCUAUCUAUCUCAAUUUGUUCAUAUCUAUCUAUCUCAAUUUGUUCAUAUCUAUCUAUCUAUCACAGUCAGUUCAUAUCUUUCUACCUAUAUAUCUGAAUCUGUUCUUAUCUAUCUAUCUAUCUAUCUAUCUAUCUAUCUCAGUUUGUUCAUAUCUUAUCUAUCCAUAUAUCUGAAUCUAUCUAUCAUUAUCUAUCUAUCUAUCUAUCUAUCUAUCUAUCUAUCUAUCUCAGUUUGUUCAUAUCUAUCUAUCCAUCUAUCUAUCUAUCUAUCUAUCUAUUUUUGA